AAUGUUACACACAUGCGGAGUCCCAGCUGCUCUAGCGUCCACUGCUUCGUCCCGACCGGGAAUGAGCACUAAAGUCUAGAGGAAACGCAGAAUCAGGACGAGAGGAGUUCUCAGCGCCGCACUUUCUGAAAUCGUCUAUUCCAAAUCAACCUUCUUAAUCGCCGCAGAUGGGGCAUCCUGUCCCAGCGUUGUUUUUGACGAGCCUACUGAUCCUCUUGCGGCUAGUGGCCGCGGUGAGAGCCCAGCAGCAUCGAGACUGCCCACCGCGAUGCCAGUGCGAAGAAGAUGGUAUGCGCCUGCGGGUGGACUGCUCGGACCUGGGGCUCACAACGCUACCCGCCAACCUGAGCGUCUUUACGUCCUACCUUGACGUCAGCAUGAACAACAUCACCCAACUGAGCUCAAGCACCCUGCUGAACCUCCACUUCUUGGAAGAGCUGCGUCUUGCAGGAAAUGACUUGACACACAUCCCCCCAGGGACAUUCUCUGGCCUCUUCAAUCUCAAAGUGCUAAUGCUCCAGAACAAUCAACUGAGGCAGGUCCCCAGCGAGGCCCUCCGCAAUCUGCGCAAUCUUCAGUCUCUGCGUCUGGAUGCCAACCACAUACACAGUGUGCCUCCAAACUGCUUUGAUGGCUUAGUAUCUUUGAGACACCUCUGGCUGGAUGAUAACUCUCUGACCGAAGUGCCACUUCAGGCGUUAAGCAGCUUGUCCUCCUUGCAAGCAAUGACUCUUGCCCUGAACAAAAUCACCCACAUACCUGACCGGGCAUUUGCUAAUCUUUCAAGCUUGGUGGUCUUACACCUUCACAACAACAGGAUUCACUCCCUGGGAAAGAAAUGUUUUGAUGGACUCCACAGCCUUGAAACCUUGGAUCUGAACUACAACAGUCUCGAUGAAUUUCCAGUUGGCAUCAAGGCCCUUGGCAAUCUAAAGGAACUAAGCUUCCACAGCAAUAACAUCAAGUCCAUCCCAGAGCAUGCUUUCAUUGGUAAUCCAUCGCUUGUGACCAUAUUUUUUUACGACAAUCCAAUCCAAUUUGUGGGGAAAUCAGCAUUUCAGCACCUGCCUGAACUGAGAACCUUGUCCCUUAAUGGAGCUACAGAAAUCACAGAGUUCCCUGACCUCACGGGGACCAAAAGCCUGGAAAGUCUGACCCUGACUGGUGCUCGGGUAACAACGCUGCCCAGAGAUGUGUGUGAAGAGUUACCCAACUUGCAAAUUCUGGAUCUUUCCUACAACCUAAUACAGGAAUUGCCCAGCUUUAAUGGAUGUGAGAAGCUGCAGAAAAUAGACUUGCAUCACAACCAAAUUGAAGAAAUCCAAGCCGGGGCAUUUCACUUAAUGUCACUUCGAUCACUUGACCUGGCCUGGAAUAAGCUGAGUGCCAUUGAACCAAAUGCUUUCUCCCACCUGCCUUCCUUAAUUAAACUUGACCUCUCAGCUAACCUCCUGUCCACCUUCCCUGUGGCUGGACUGCAUGGGUUAACCCACUUGAAAUUAGCUGGAAACGAGGGUCUGCAGGAGCUUCUGUCAAAAGAAAACUUCCCAAAGCUGAGGGUCAUGGAAAUGCCAUAUGCUUUUCAGUGCUGUGCCUUUGUGUCAUGUGAAAUACCUAAUAAGCUCUCGAACCCAUGGGACAGAGAUGAGAAUAGCAGCAGUGAGGAUUUCAACAAAAAAGAAACAAAUCUUCUUCCUGGUCCAGAUUAUCCUGAGCUUGAUGACUUCCUCUUGGACUUUGAAGAGGACUUAAAGGUGCACCACUCCGUCCAGUGUUCACCCGCACCAGGUCCAUUCCGGCCUUGUGAUCAUCUCUUUGGAAGCUGGCUAAUUCGCACAGGUGUAUGGACAAUUGUGGUACUCUCUCUCUUGUGCAACAGUCUGGUGGUCAUAACCAUCUUCACAUCCCCCACCUACAUUUCACCUUCGAAGUACCUCUUAGGACUUCUCGCUAUUGUGAAUGGCCUGAUGGGACUUUCCAGUGGUAUCCUGGCAGUGGUAGAUGCCUUGACAUUUGGAAGCUUUGCCAAGUACGGAGCUUGGUGGGAAAGUGGAAUUGGUUGUAAGAUCACCGGGUUCUUGUCAGUCUUUUCAUCUGAAGCAUGCAUUUUCCUAUUGACAACAUCUGCGCUCGAAAGGGGACUCUCCAUUAAGUGUUCCAAAAGUUCAGAGACCAAAUACUCCAAGACCAACGUCAAACUUGUGUCAGCAUUCUGCUUCUUCCUGGCUUUGGCCAUCACGAUCCUACCAUUGCUUCACGUGGGAGAGUAUGGCAUCUCUGCACUCUGCUUGCCUUUACCUUUUGGGGAGCCAUCCAGCCUUGGCUUCCUGGUGGCUCUAGUUUUGCUGAACUCCCUGUGUUAUUUUGUAAUGACCGUCACAUACACAAGAUUGUACUGUAACCUGGAGAAGGGAGAAUUGGACAACUUCUGGGACUGUUCCAUGAUCAAGCAUGUCGCCUGGCUCCUCUUCGCAAAUUGCAUCUUGUACUUCCCAGUGGCUUUUCUAUCCUUCUCCUCCUUGCUCAGUCUUUCUUUUAUCAGCCCAGAAGUAAUCAAGUCAAUCCUUCUGGUUAUUGUUCCUCUGCCUGCCUGCUUAAACCCAACACUUUAUAUACUUUUCAACCCACACUUUAAGGAAGAUCUUGGGCUUCUGCUAAAGCAGGCGGGCCUGUCAAGGAAAUGUAAACAAGCCAGCAUGACCUCUCUAAACUCUGAAGAUGCAGAAAAGCAGUCAUGUGACUCCACACAAGCCCUGGUGACCUUUGUGAAUGCUGAUAAGUUGAGCAACACCUCUGGAAGCAAGGCUGCCCUGUCCACCUACCAGAUUAUUGAGAGCUGUCACUCACAGGCGGUGGCUUUUAUUCCCUGCCAUUAGGACCAAACAGGGAUGGGGGGGGGGGCGGAUUUCAAAAUGAUGACAGACAUUUCAGAUGAAAUCCCUUCCGCAACGCUGGCUCAAGUCAGAGGUGUGGCAUCCCAGCCUAUUGUAAAUAGGAUCUGCUUGACACCAUGUUUUGGAAACUUCUUCAAAUUCUCCUCUCAGGAUUAACUAACAGUUGGAUCCAGUACCUACUUGUGCAUUGUUAGCUUGGUACAAAAAAGACAUUAUAAAAAUGGACUUUCUGACCUUUUCCAUCUCUUCCUUAGGGGUGUUUGUGAAAAUCAUGUUAAUGAUUUGAAGGAUCAUUUACCCAAUAGGGCAUUAACGCUGUUGUUCUCUAGCAGCUUGGAUGUCUCAUUCAGUACUCCGUAGGCCCCGGGAUCCCACAGCUUCCUGUGAUAUGAAUCAUAAUUUGAACACUUUUGACAUAUUUUGUGUUCAAGAAAGGCGGUAUGAAAAUUUUCAAAUUGAAAUGACUGCAGAUCUGGUAUGUUGAUGUUACACUCCCAGAGGCCAGUGCCAUGAAUCAAACACUCAUUUUAUCAGUGAAAAGGGUAACAGCAGUAAUCUCAAUGAGGUUUUUUAUUUCCAAAGAUUUAGAACGUUCCAGGCCUGUUCAUCAUUUAUUCACAGCACAUAGCAUUUGUCAAAGGUGAAAGGAAAGAAGCGAACAAUGGUUUCUAUUUUUGAAA